UGACGUCAUACUACACGUUGUGAUGUAUUACGUCUUCAUCCCAUGAGGGUGUCUGGGUGAAAGGGCGCCACCUUAUGGUAAAAACACCUCCUCCGUGUUAAAUGCAGGACCGGGUUCUGAUCAGGGAAGGACACCGAGCAGCAGGUUUGUUCCUCCUUCACCUCCAUCGUUAAGAGGGCUGCUGUAGAGCUCCUGUGAACCGCCGCACUGCUGCCUGCAGCACGGAGACCAGUCCCCUCCUCCUCCUGAUCCUCCUCCGGUCCUCCUUGGGGCAGAAUGCGCUGAUCUUCUCUCUGUCUGUGGAAGCAUGAUUUCUGUCGUCUCCACUGUGGAGAGUGUUCCCAGAGGUACGGGUACCCCGGCGUCGAGCCUUUACCAACGGAUAAGGAAGGUCCUCAGCAGGGACCUGUUGGUGACCCUGGCCCUGGGUCAGGUCCUGUCCUUGUUAAUCUGUGCUAUCGGUCUGACCAGCAAAUACCUGGCUGAUGACUUCCACGCAAACACACCGGUGUUCCAGAGCUUUCUCAACUACAUCCUGUUGUUUCUGGUCUACACCACCACACUGGCAGUCAGGCAAGGGGAAGGGAACCUGCUGGCUAUUCUGAAGCAGCGCUGGUGGAAAUACAUGAUUCUGGGUUUGAUAGACAUCGAGGCAAACUAUCUGGUUCUUAAAGCUUACCAGUAUACUACACUCUCCAGUGUACAGCUGUUAGACUGUUUCAUCAUCCCGGUGGUCCUGCUGCUGUCCUGGUUCUUUCUCUUGGUGAGGUACAAAGUGGUCCAUUUUGUAGGGGCAGGUCUGUGCCUGUUGGGUAUCGGCUGCAUGGUGGGAGCUGAUGUUCUACUUGGUCGUCAGCAAGGCCUCGGAGAUCAGAAGCUGUUCGGGGAUCUUUUGGUUCUGGGAGGAGCAACACUGUACGGGAUCUCCAACGUCUGUGAGGAGUUCAUUGUGAAGAACCUGAGCCGCGUGGAGUUCCUUGGCAUGAUGGGACUCUUUGGAUCCUUCUUCAGUGGCAUCCAGCUGGCCAUCAUGGAACACAAGGAGCUGCUGAAGGUCCCGUGGGACUGGCAGAUAGGUCUUUUCUAUGUUGGUUUCAGUGCCUUCAUGUUCAGCCUGUACAGCUUCAUGCCUGUGGUGAUGAAGAGAACAAGUGCCACCUCAGUCAACCUCUCUCUGCUCACAGCUGACCUGUACAGCCUUUUCUGUGGCCUCUUCCUCUUUCACUAUAAGUUCUCGAGCCUCUAUCUGUUGUCAUUCUUCAUAAUUAUCUUGGGCCUGGUCCUUUACGCCUCCUCAUCAACCUACGUGGCCCAGGACCCACGAGUAUACAAGCAGUUCAGGAACACAGGCAUCCAGCCGGUCACUGGCCUCCCUCCCCUAAGUCCUGGAGUCCUGGAGCCCUCUGUCACAUAUACCAGCCUGAGCCCUGAAGCAGGGGACGAGCUUCCAGUGCGGGUAGCCUAAGAUGAUCUCAUACGGAGUUUAGUCUGUCAGCCUGAUGAGUCAGUGAGUCAGCUGCAGCCUCCAGGCUCUGCCUACAUGUUGUAAACAGAGGAAUAGUGCUGUCUGCUGAGCACAGCAGCUAGGCGAUCGGUUUUCAUUUUGUGGCCUGUAUAGAUGGAUGGAGUCUCCACCCAAUGUGUGAAGAAAAUAAGACAAAUUCAUAAACCCAGAUAUUUAGGUGAAAAAUGAAUGUAAUGAAAAUAUUGAGUUCACUGUGAUCAAAGACUGUGAGCAGACAGCAAUGACUGAAAUUGAUGAUUCAUGUAAAUUGAUGGUAUUGACAUUUUAUUUAAUCUCCUGUUUUUUUUAAAUGUCAAGAACAUUUGUGCUUCAUACUCAUGUAUAUGCUUCACUUCAUUUCCACAGUGUUUCUAAAUCAGCCUGCUCAGAUUCAGUGACAGGUUUAGAAAGUAAAACAUGAAGGCUGAAGUCAGAUAAUACUGAGACUGUAGUGGGAGAAGUGGAAGAAAGCAUACAGGCCUCCCCAUAGUUCACUGAAUUCAUUUAUUAACUUUUUUAUCAAACAGACUGUGCUGAUAUGUAAAUACAUGGCUGCCAGUUGAAGCUACUGAUGGUUUGUCCUCCUAUUUUAUUGACCGGUACGAAUCUAUUUGCACUUAAAAUAUUUAAGUUUGACUACUUUUACAUCAAGAGUUCAGUAUUUACUCAGAAUGUCAGUGUGACAGUGUGUUUCAAACACAAUUUAGACCUUCAUCUUGAGAAAUAGAAUUUACAGAAUAAAAAUACAUGAACUGAUGAAAGAUGAUCUAAGAGAUUUAAAAAAAUGAUUUUUAAAAUCUGGUCAGGUAAUGGACUUGGCUGAGGCCCCUUAAUUAGAUUUUCCUGUAGGUUAACCAUCUUUAACUCACUGUAUUAUUAAAAAAUGACCCAUUUCUGAUCUUUCAGAAUGCUGCAGCUGGGACUUGUUCCCAACAAAAGCACCAUGUAAUCCUUUUUACAGUAUCUCUUCCAGUCGUAUGUAAAAUAGAUUUAAUAUGUAUCUUCCUCCAGUGAUUGCAAUGAGUUGUGAACUGGGAGCAGCUACUUUGGGCCACAGGUUCCAGUAAGAGGGUCCCCAUAGAUUUCUUUUAUUUUUUCAUUUUGAAAAAUAAGCGACUACAUCCAAUAACAAACAGUAGAACUGAUAAACAUUUCAUUAUUUGAUCCAAAUAAAUAUUAGUAGCAUUAAAAUACUGUUCAUGAUUGUUUAAAAGUGUUUCCCUAUUUCUAUCCUACAGGUUAAUGCAAAAAAUGAACUAACAAAGGUUGUAUCUAAUUGUCUAGGAUCAGUGUCAUUACCCCAAAUGUAGUAUUGGCCAAUAUAAGAGAACACUCAAAGAAUUAUUAAAAGUAAAACCCUAAUACUAACACUAAGUUAGUAAAUAAUCAGCGGGCUUGUUCAUUUCUUGUUAAAGCCCCUGUUCUCUGUAUAUCUUGACUUACGUAGAAUGGAGAAAGCACUUCCCUCCUGGUCAACACCAAAGUCUUCCAAACUCCAGACCUCCUGUUUAGAAUGCAGGUGCUUUGCUGGCCUCCAAUCCCUGAUGACAUCAUUAUGAUGUUAUGGUGUGACUUGACAGAGUUCCUGAGCAGAGGAAUGGCCUUCAUUAUCAGGCAGCAUUUAUGACUGUUUGAUCAAAAACUGCUGUUUUACUUCUUUGGUUACAAUGAAGCAAAGACACUGAUCGGAGGAUCAGAACAGAGGGUUAAAGGUCCAGUAGUUGUCUUUUUUUUUUAUUGUUUGCCAUUUCACUGUGGACAACACAAUCUACACACUGCUGUGUACACAACUAUACACAGUCAGAUGUAUUACCAUAACAUGGCCUUAGUGUUUGUUUUCAUGCCUUACCAUCCAAAUCCAGCUGAAGAAGUGGGUAAAACUUUGUCUGGUUCUCAAUGCUCAGUGUGCACUGAUAAGAUGGGACAAACUGCUGAAUAGUGUCAUACUGUAUAGUGAACUCAUUGCUGAAGAGCAUUAUUUGUCUUAAUGUUUUGUUUGUCUGUUACUAUUUUAGUCCUAAUUGAAACACUGUUGAAACGUAAUGUUGCAAGCAAUAUAUUUUCAUGUUCCACUUUGAUUUCAAGGAGGAGGAUGACGCGCGAUAGUUUUUAUAGGUCUGUCUGGUUCUUUGUUCACUGCAUAUGACUUCCUGUGUGGAUUAUUGACAAAGGACGUUCACGGCCUCCUCUUUUCAUUGGCUUUUGUAUCCUGUUUGAUGUAGUGCGUUGGCGUUGCUGUUAAAAGUGUAGUUACAAUGAUCUUAUGUAAAAUAAAGCAUCUCUGUCAGAAGGUU